AUGCCCACCGCUCUAUCGAUGUUCAAGAGCAACACAACUCUUCGGGAUGGAUGGCUGCAAGCUUUCGACGCCCGCGCCAUUGCUGUCCAAGGAAAUUUGGUUAUCACAAUGCCGAACAUGGACUUCGUUCCCACGUUCCACCAUUUUGAAGAGGAAAACAUACAGGCUUGUGCAGAUGGUCGUUUUGGCGCCAUAGAUUGCUUUCAGUGGCCUCAAGCUUACGAUAACAUUUUUUGCAAUUCAACUUGCAUUCCUCGAAAGGAGGCAUUCCCAUCCCUGCAUCCACUACAUUGGGCUUGGUUCACUCCCACCCAAGAAGACUUCAAGCCAAUCCCAGGCAACUCGUUCCCUUUAGGCACACUCGCAGCAGAUAAGAUCAAAGGCUUGGAUUCUCUUCGCAAAUCGGCAGAGAAGCAGGUGCAGGAUUGGAGAGCUAAUUGGCAAGGCAAGAAUGACGCUGUUGUCAGUCGCAUCUUGUCCCUUCGACAUGGCAUCUCAUGGUUGAAGACACACCCCCUUACAUUCCACGACCUUCUCAUGUUCGUGACUGAUGCCCAACGGCUGUUUCUCGAGAUUUAUUCAUUCAUGGACUGGAUCCUCCUUGCUCAGCCUCGUAUCACUGCUGGUGACAGGACUGCUGUUGUCAACUCGGAGUGGAUGGGCGCCUUCACGCACGACAGCGACAUGUGCAACAAGCUGUACAUUGCUGGUAUCCCUGUUUGGUAUGUCCGCACCAUGGCGUACAUACCUUUGAAUAUGACAGUAAAACAGCCUGUUUUACUCACCUGUCCUGAUCAAAUCAUCCUUUCAAUGUAUGCAGAGGGCAACAAAGUUCGACCGUACGAAAUCAUCUAUUGCAGCCCAGGCGGCCACAAUCGUCAGCUUCAUGUUCGCCGCCUCUAUGGGGGCAUGACAUUCAGAAACCCUGAGCCAGGUCCUUCGUUGAGCAGCUUAUCUGCACCCAGUUCUUCUACUGCUGGGCCAUCCUUUCAACCAUCCGUUGCAGGCAAGGCCCUUCCAAAACAUCAUAACAAGAAGCACAGGCACCAGCCCUACGUCAAAGAUGCUCGGCCCGCACACCACAACCAGUCAGGUGAAUCCAUUAGGGACAAAUGGAAAGAUCCUGAGAGCCCCUACUUCCCGCUGUCAAAGCUUCAUUGGGAUCAUGCCCUCAAAAGAUGCAUCAAGGAUUCAUCUCAUGUCUGCACUCCCUAUGACAUUGACCGAGGAUACAGGUUCCCUGAACCAGGUCUCCUAUUCGGUCCCAAGCUGCCAGAGCACCUUCAGGGAUACAUAGCCACUUGGCUCGCCUGUCGUCCAAUAUGGAUUGGGCAGGUUGAUCACAACCCUCCUCACAAUUACCCGUCCCCUCAACUAUGGCGUGACUUCCUCGGUAGCAGAAUUUCUGCCCAAUCACAAGCCGCAGCGCCCAAAGGAAAAGCUCCCGAAAAAAAAGUUCUUACUGUGGUGGAGAAGUGCAAGGGAAUGAUGAAGGAUUUGUUCAGAGAUGAUAUGGUGGACUCUCAUGGAGAUUUAUUUGCACCAGAAGGAAUGGUAAAAUUUCAUGGUGAACAGGUCCCUGUCGCCAGUCUCGCCCACCCUCCCCAGCUCCUUGCCCAAAAGAUUACCUGGGAGUUGUUCGAGCUUGGAUUCCGCUAUGAAUUGAGGGAUCUCAAUCGUCACCCAAGGGAUGCUGGGCAGAAGAUCUGGUUGGUCGCGAACAGUUGCUACAAUUACGGGAUGUGGAAUAACACCUUAAUUGGUGUUCUUCCAUACCUUGAAAGUUUCCGACAGCUGCCGUGCUCUUGGGAUGAUGUGCCGCCCCUUCUUACAUCGCCACUCAUGCAAGAGACCUUUACAGACACAAAAUGGUGGGAAGUUGCUCGUGCUGCGACUGCAUUUUAUGUUCAGACAUUUUUCAAUCACUUCGGUAGGCCUCCCAUUGUUCCUCACUCGCUCCCUCUGUAA